AUUUUGCCAUGGCUUCGAUUUCUAUGGAAAGACAAACUGAAAAGUUUCAUUGAAGUGAAUUACACCCUGCAAUCCAUUCUAAGUCGACAAGAGAGAGAGCACCUCGCAACUUUUGAGGAAGGUCACGUGCGGGACAUACUGGAUUCUUUCAUUAAAACCUGCCGUGAAAUGAACGAAGAAAUUAAACAAGAAGUGCAACUCAAAGACGAGCAUAUCACUAACAUAGCUGCAGAUUUACUUCGAGCAGGAACAGUCACUGUGUCGGUGACGCUAACAUGGGCUCUGCUCUAUAUGAUAAUGGAUCCCAAAAUACAAGAACGUCUGCAAAAAGAAGUCGAUGACGUCAUUGGUCCAGCGCGAAAUCCGCGACUGGAUGACAUGGGAUCUUUACCGUACACAGAGGCGUUCAUCUUGGAGACGCUGAGGAAAUCCUCAAUUGCCCCACUGUCCUUGCCUCAUGCUACCACCAAGGACACUACUCUGUAUGGCUAUCAUAUCCCUAGAGGCACGUGGGUGAUGCCGAAUUUGUUUUCGAUAAGUCACGAUGAAAAAAUUUGGUCGGACCCCCAUGUUUUCAGACCAGAGCGCUUCUUAACGCCAGAGAACACGGUGAACGAGACGCUCGCCAAGAGUUUCCUGCCUUUUAGUGCCGGCAAACGGCGCUGUUUAGGGGAAUUACAGGCGCGAUGGGAACUUUUUCUUUUUGUGGCAACUGUCGUUCAACGUUGUCAUUUUGAGAAAGUGCCUGGGGAAACUUAUGAUUUGGCUCCUGAACCCGGGCUUGUACUGCACCCUAAACAGUUUAAUAUUAUAGCCAAAUCGCGUUAGUUCUACACCGUAAAUAACCGUGCUAUGGAGACAAUGAAGGCUCUGUAUUUUACUUGGACAUAUUUUCCUCUUCCCUGUUGAGUUACUAGAUUUAUGAAAUGCUUACAA